UGCAUCCCACUCACUCUCUGUAUUUCGUCUCUAUCUCUCUCUAUUCUCCUCUCUGUGUAAGGUUGAGUGAGUGUAACCCUUGAUUUCCAUUAACAGUGAGAAGCCCAUACUGGGUUGGUUCCAUUGACGAAGCUCUGUAGGAAACAGUAUAACGGGCGAUUUCCAACAACAAUGGAACUACAAGGCUAUGUUGGUUCCAUUGCUGAAGUGAAGCAGUUCUCUCCAACUAGAUAUGAGUAUGGCCCCAGCAGAAGUUAAAAGGGAAGGUGAUGAUUAUGACAUUCCAAAUGAAGCAAAUGACAUUCGUUUGAUUAAUGAAAGUCGGGCGGAACCUUAUCAUGGUUGCGAAGUUGGUCCGAGCAAUGAAGAAGCAACCAACAUGAACGUUGAAGAUGGCGAAGCCAAUGUGAAAAAAGAAAUGGUUGACGAUGCUUAUCGCAAUGACAUAGUUGGUGAUGUUGAACGUGUUAUUCUGGAACAGAAAUUUGAUUCGGUCGAACAUGGAGAAGCUUUUUACAAUGCGUAUGCUAAAGCCAAGGGAUUUAGUAUAUGAAAAUCCAGAUUUAACACAAAUAAAGAGGGAAAUGUUGUUAGUAGGCUGUGGUUGUGGUCAAGGGAAGGUCAGAGAUUACCAAAAUACUUGGACCGUGUUGCUGAGAAAAGUAGAGCUCCCAAGGCACUAACAAGAGUAGGUUGCAAAGCUCAACUUCGCAUACGAUACGAUGCAGAUGCUGGUGAAGGGAGAAAGUAUGUUGUGACUCACUUCGUCGCAGACCACAACCAUGAAUUGGCAGAACAACACUGUGUGAUGUAUCUGAGGUCACAUCGCAGUUUAAACAAUGCUGACAAAGCUCAAGCAAUGGCUAUGCGCAACGUCGGUGUGAAGACUAGCCAAAUCAUGGACUAUAUGGUAAAUCAAUCUGGGUCUUAUGAGAAUGUUGGUUUCAUCCGUACGGAUCUGCACAACUAUAUUCAAGCUGAACGUAGAGCAGAAGUUGAGGAUAGUGAUGCGCAGGGUGCGUUGGUUUACCUAUGUGCAAAACUUGAUGUUGAUGCACGAUUUUUUUACAAGUAUGAUGUGUGUAACGAUAACAAGUUACAAAAUCUGUUCUGGGCAGAUUCGAAAUCGCGGGCCGACUACGCAAAGUUUAGUGAUAUGUUGAUAUUUGACUCAAGUUACAGAACCAAUGCAUACAAGAAACCUUUUGUCAUGUUGGCUAGUGUGACUAGCCACUUUAGGCCCACGAUAUUUGUAUGUGUUUUGCUAGCUAAUGAGACAAUUGAUACAUACACAUGGGUUUUGGAAACAUUUAUAGAGGCGAUGGGUAAUAAAGCACCUGUGUCCGUACUGACAGAUGGGGAUAAGGCGAUGCGAGAGGCAAUCAGAAGAGUAUUUCUAGAUGCAAGACAUCGAUUAUGUAAUUGGCAUCUUGGAAAAAAUGCUGUUUCAAGUGUUCACAAAAGUGGCUUUGCACAUACUUUCAAGUAGUGCAUGGACAUGAAAACGGAUGAGACAAAGUUUGAGCAUGGCUGGACGACAAUGGUUGAAAAAUUUGGACUUCAAACCAAUAGUUGGGUGUUGGAGACAUAUGAAAAGCGUCAUAUGUGGGCCGAGGCAUAUAUGCAUGGACAUUUCUUUGCUGAGAUGAAGAGCACUCAGCGCUCGGAGAGUGUGAAUGCUUAUUUCAAUGCCUUCCUCCAACACAAAUUGAAGCUAUAUGAAUUUGUUAGGCACUAUGAUCGGGCUUUUGCAAGGAUAAGGUAUAACGAGGCUGGAGAUGAUGCUGAAACAAAUAACACUUUUCCGGUAUUGAUUACUCCAUUGUGAGAUAUAGAGAGACAUGGA